AAGCGAUUAUGGCCCGCGAAGGUUUUGGCCAGACCCGAGGCUUCAACAAAAAAUAAGAGAAAGAAGGAAUUUUUUCUAAAUGUUGAAAUAAUCUCCCUAGACAAAAAGCAAACACGCGACUCUGGGGCAGCGCAUUGCUGCUCUGCUCUCGAUUGUCCGGUGGUGGACGGACAUCAGAUCAUCUAGAAGGAUUAAAAUGCCCGGAUCGUGUAUGCUGAUGGUCUCGGGACGUGCAGUGGGAGAAUUCCCAAUUCUAAACAGACCCUCAAACGCACUCAGCUCCAGCCGCAGGUUCCCCGGGCGCCUGCCCCGCUCUUCAGAGCUGCCUCCUGAGCUCGCUUAGUCCCCAGCUCACACUCUCCCCGCGGCUGGCGAGAAUUCGGGUGAAAAGCACGCGAGUCAAGAUCCUGAAGAAGUUUCACAUUGAAGACAUCGCCAGCUCAUUAGGUGAGAGACCUUGAGCGCUGGGGGCCCGAUCACGCACACACACAGCACUAGGAGACGGCAGUCGCCUGCUUGCCCAGUCGCAGAUCUGCAAGCCCCAACGUCUUUGGGAAAACAGCCAUUGUUCGAAGCAGGGGCCGCCCGCGCGUGUACCCUAGGUGGUGUUGACCGUCACCCCUUGGACGCCAUCGUCAUUGUUCUCUCAGAUCGUGUCGGUGGGGCCAAUUCUCUCCUCCCAGCACGAGGUACCCGCUGAAGCAUUGGAGGAGCUGGCCUACCGACGGUCACUGCGAGUGGCUCUGGAUGUUUUGAACGAGAGAACAAGUUGUCAUCGAGAAAGCUCUUCGAGGGAAGCAAGAACUGUGUCUCCAAGAGAGAAGCCCACGGAACUGGUCUCCUUGCUCUGUGACCCCAGCCCUUCCUCUCUUCUCCACAAAGGCAUGUCGGGCAGUUUCGGACCCCACAGGAGGGAACGUGGAUGCCAGAGGCUGUCAGGUUCGCCCGCUCAUGAAGAGGACCCCAAGUGCCAAGUGGACCCCAAGAAGGGGCUUGGGAAAAGUGAAAGCUCACGAGCCCCGGCCGCCUCCUCAGCCGGAGGUGGUUCUCAGGACGGGCGUGGAUCAAGAAUACGCCAGGGAGAUCCCAUGACCCCGAGGAAAAGGGGAAGAAAUUCGGCACACAGCCCGUGUCAGAAUGCACCUUCACUCCCAGAGGGAGAUCCUGAAAAAGAGAGCGAGACCAGGGCAGCCCCGUGCUCGCCCUCGCGGGUCAAGGAGGAGGGUCCGGGGGCUGAAGGGCGAGACCCAGCUCUGCCUGCCGGCGGCCCCACUCUGCUGCUGGCCCCGGGGUGCCCGCAGGCCCGAGGCUGCCCCUCCAGGCAGCAGUGUCCAGAUGGCAGCCAGCGGCCAGGGCCAAGGGGAUGCAUGACUCUGCGCAGCACCGCCAAGCCCAGCCCGCCGCCACCCCGGGUCCCCACAGAGGAAGCCGGGAGUCUUCAGCCCCUGGAGGAAGACCGUCCAUCCUCUGAAGAGUCUGUGCAGUUUAAUUCCGUUAAUUCCAUCCUGGAGGAAGAUGAGGAAGACGAGGAGCCCCCGAGAAUCCUCCUCUACCACGAACCACGCUCGUUUGAAGUAGGAAUGCUAGUCUGGCUUAAAUACCAAAAAUACCCCUUCUGGCCGGCGGUGGUCAAGAGCGUCAGGCGGAGAGAUAAGAAAGCCAGCGUGCUUUUCAUCGAAGGGAACAUGAACCCGAAGGGGAAAGGCAUCACCGUGUGCCUGAGGAGACUGAAGCACUUCGACUGUAAGGAGAAGCACGCGCUCCUGAGCGAAGCCAAGGAGGACUUCGACCAGGCCAUCGGCUGGUGCGUCUCCCUGAUCACCGACUACAGGGUCCGGCUUGGCUGCGGUUCUUUCGCCGGCUCUUUCCUGGAAUAUUAUGCGGCCGAUAUAAGUUACCCCGUCCGCAAGUCCAUCCAGCAGGACGUCCUGGGGACCAGGUUCCCUCAGCUGAGCAAAGGGCACGAGGAGGAGCCUGCGGCAGGGAGCCCCCAGGGCAGGCGGCCGCCAUGCAGGAAAGUGCUGCCCGACCGGUCGCGGGCCGCCCGGGACCGUGCCAACCAGAAGCUGGUGGAGUACAUCGUGAAGGCGCGGGGCGCCGAGAGCCACCUGCGGGCCAUCCUGAGGGACAGGAAGCCGUCCAGGUGGCUGCAGACGUUCCUGAACUCGGGGCAGUACAUGACGUGCAUGGAGACGUACCUGGAGGAUGAGGAGCAGCUGGACCUGGUGGUGAAGUACCUGCAGGGGCUCUUCCAGGAGACGGGCAGCAGGAUGCUGGCGCGCAUCAAUGGCGACCGGAUCCGCUUCAUCCUGGACGUCCUCCUGCCCGAGGCCAUCAUCUGUGCGAUUUCCGCCGUGGACGCAGUGGACUACAAGACGGCCGAGGAGAAGUACAUAAAGGGACCCUCGCUCAGCUACCGGGAAAAACAGAUAUUCGAUAACCAGCUCCUGGAGGAGAGGAGUCGGCGCAGCUGACGCUGGAGGGGCCGCGCCGUGCUGGGCGUCGGGGACUGGGCUGCCGGCCUCGCAUCCGGGGUCCCGUUUCCACGGCUCCGGAAAGUCGGUUUCGUGAACACGCCGAGAGCCGGCUCUCUUUUCCUGGCUCUUUUGGGAGAACACAGUUCCCCGAGGUUUUCAAAAGGACAGAAGUGCCAUUUUAUUUUAUUUUGUAUCAUUACAUGUGACCAUAUCGUAUAGUUUAAUAUAAGGCACACAUUUGCUAUUUUGUGUUAAAAAACCUUGUAUCUGAUAGUAAACAGGACAUUUAAGGGAGAGUCUGGCGUGAAUGUUUAGCUCCAGAAGCAUCGCUGUAAUUUUCCAGGAUUUUUUUCCCCCUCCUUCUCGUGGUUCCUUCUCAGGAUAGUUCCCAGGUUUGCAGCUCCCACCCCAGGCGUUUCUGAAGAAAACCAGUGUUUGUAAGAGACGGAUGUGAAGACAAGCCACUCUCACGUUCCAGCAUUCCUGUGAUUGCUCAUGUGGGA